AUGAUACAGUUGCUAAACUGGCGUGACGAGGACUCCUGGCCCGCGUGCGGCCUCGCCUACCAUUCAGGCGCUUCCCGACUCUAUGCCGACUACUCGUCCGUGGGACCUGGGCCGCGUAGUCCAGGAACCACACAGGCAGCCUAUGGAGCGGCUACGUGGUCGAUGAAUGGCGGACAGAAGCAUGGCAGCCCAAAAUAUUUCGGGGUCGAGGCAUCGGACACGAGAAAGAAACACGUCGAAUAUCAAUCUUCGAACGAUGACCGGCCUAACGAAGCCGCAGGUCGCGGGAAUGAUAGACAUGUUCUUGAUCAGAGUGCUGUAAUUACCGCUCGACCCGACAGUCUCUGUCCUUUCCUCUCAUCCGAGAAAGAUGCCAAGGAUGGUAGCAAGUUCACCUCAGAAGAUACUUCUGUCUCAUAUCAUCCUACUCGCCGCAGUGUGCUCUUCUCGUACUGUUAUGCAAGGAACGGUACGAAUCUUCCCAGGAGCAGCAACCUCACCGGGGAUAUAAGGCUGAAGCAUUGCAUGAACUACACUCCCCUCCUGGACGAUGGAUCAUCACCUGCUGGCUCUCUGGAGGCAGAGCCCCCGUCUCGGCCUCGCCGGGGAGUAAAUCCACUGGCCCUCGCGGACGCGGCCAACUGCGCUGUCAUCUUCUCUUCACCGGCACCCAUGCGGCAUGCCCGGGCGCUCAGAUACGGUUGGGAAGGCGUUCUAGCCCUAGCCUUGGCCAUCGCUCCGCACUUCCUGGGUCCUGGGCUUUCUCCCGAGACGUGUCUCUGCCCGGCAUACCUCCGGACCCGCAAGUAUGGGCCGCUCCUCUCCGCGGCGCUUAACUUUCCGCUGUGCCGUGGUCGUAUCAUCAUAGCAUGUAUGACCCGGAGGCCCCCAAGGGCCAAACCCCAGCAUCAUGGCUCGGAAGCCGGAACGCCCCUCCUUCGCUGGGCUCAACACCACGGUAACUCCGAGACAAAUAAGUGGCACUCACAUGCAGGGCAAGCGAGCCAGGACGUCGGGUCGGAGACAACAGCGGACAAAUGA